GCACGAAUGGGAAGAGCAAGAACAUUAGAAAGGAAGAUGAGCAGCCGGGAUCCCUCAGACCUGUGGAGCAGAUUGGAUGGAGAAGCCGAGUUGCUCCAAGACUUGGGAUGGUAUCAUGGCAACCUCACCCGCCAUGCUGCAGAAGCCCUACUUCUCUCCAAUGGUUGUGAUGGAAGCUAUCUGCUAAGGGACAGUAAUGAAAGGACUGGGCUGUAUUCUCUCUCUGUGAGAGCCAAAGACUCUGUCAAACACUUUCAUGUUGAAUAUACUGGAUAUUCAUUUAAAUUUGGCUUUAAUGAAUUCUCAUCUUUGAAGGACUUUGUCAAACAUUUUGCAAACCAGCCUCUGAUUGGAAGUGAGACAGGUACUCUGAUUGUCUUGAAGCAUCCCUAUCCAAAGGAAGUGGAAGAACCAUCCAUUUACGAAUCUGUGCGGGUUCACACAGCAAUGCAGACAGGAAGAACAGAAAAUGACCUUGUGCCCACUGCUCCUUCUCUGGGCACCAAAGAAGGUUACCUCACCAAACAGGGAGGCUUGGUCAAGACUUGGAAAACUAGAUGGUUCACUUUACACAGGAAUGAACUGAAGUAUUUCAAAGAUCAAACGUCAACAGAACCAAUUCGGAUCCUCGACUUAACAGAAUGUUCAGCUGUACAAUUUGAUUACUCACAAGAAAGAGUAAACUGUUUUUGCCUAGUAUUUCCAUUCAGGACAUUUUAUCUCUGUGCAAAGACAGGAGUAGAAGCUGAUGAGUGGAUCAAGAUACUACGCUGGAAACUGUCACAAAUAAGAAAACAACUAGGCCAAGAGGAUAGCACAAUCCGGUCUCGGUCGUUCAUCUUUAAAUAG